CUUAAAUUGACACUAUAAAUUCAUGACACCCGUCCCGAAGACGUCAUUGGUGUGAUUUACCUGACUUCAGAUUAUUCAUCAGAAUUUAAGAUAUGAACAGCUCGGUGAUGGAACUGACAAUAAAACUGAUGGGAGGAGAUGAGAAGAGUCUGGUAGUGAACGGAGAAGCCACAGUUGGCGAACUCAAGCAGCGCACUUCUCAGCUCUUCGGAGAGCCUCCUACCAAACAGAAGCUUUCUUCUGCCGAUAACGGAACCCAUAUCAGCCUCGAGGAUGAUUCCAGAACCCUCAGCAGUUACGGGUUGCACUCUGGAUCAGUGGUGAGUCUGCUCAUCACGAACCCUGGACCUUUCCAAGUGUUCGUCAAGAAUGUGAAAGGUCAGACUGGAACGUAUGAUGUUGAUGUCAAUGAGACCGUCGAUCAGCUCCAGACUAAGAUCUUCAACAAACUGAGUGUCCUAAAGGAUCAGCAAAGACUGGUUUUCAACGGAAGACAGCUGGAGCCUGGCAGGAAGUUGCAAGAAUACAACAUCACACCACUAAGCACCAUUCACAUGACUCUCCGUCUGCGAGGAGGUUAAUAGAGAAGAUCAGCGCGAACAGAAUUUAUAACCGUUCCAACUAUUUUAAUAACUAAACACUAGACAUGCCAAAAUAGGAAAAUUCAUAAUGAAAGACAUUUUUAUUCGGUCUUGAUAAGAGUAUCUACUAUAUGAAUGCAAAUAUGUCUAUCUGCUAGUUUCAGAAUUUGUGUUCAUAUGUUGGUAAUGUCGGGUAUCUUUUCAGAAACGAAACAUUAUUGUUUGUGGGCGGGGCUUAAGAUGACGCUUUGAAGACAUGCCUCCGACACAUCAUAUUUGAUGCUGGAGUGAUUUAUCUGUUAUCAAAUAGACUAUAUGGGCUACG